AUGAAGGUGAUCCAUAUCCUCUUCAUCAUUGCCAUUACUAUGGCCUUAACCCUUACACUCACCAUGAAAAACAUCAACGAACCGACCUCGAAAAGCUCGAUCCCGCAUUCGAACGGAGAAAAACCAGUAGCCUUGAAAAGGACGGUGAGCCGGUUUCUCGCCGAGAAAGAAAAGAAUCCCAGAGCAGCUGAUCAUUGCAUGAAGGACAAUGAAAUAUGCCAGAUUAUGGGAGGAAAAAGCUCAAAAUGCUGCAAUAAUAAGUGCAUGGAUUUGGAUUAUGAUAAGCAAAAUUGUGGGGCCUGCAAAAAGAAGUGUCUUGACACAGAAGUUUGCUGCAGAGGAGAAUGUGUGAAUCUUUCAUAUGAUAAGAGGCACUGUGGGGAGUGCAAUAACAAGUGCAUGAAUGGAGGUUACUGUAUAUACGGCACGUGUGAUUAUGCUUAA